AUGUACACCCUGGAGGCAUUUGACAUCAUCUUUUUCUCGUGUCCGCUCUUUUUUCUCUACAGUAAGCUAGUGAUUUCCCUAUGGAAGCGACGGAAAGAUUUCUUCUCGGCGUUUUACAGAAUUGUGCUGUUUGGAGGAAUCGUUGUAAGUUGGGGGUUUUCAGUGCAAUAUUAUCGACUUCCCUAAGAUUAUGACAUUAUAUGGAAUAUUAUAUAAAAUCCACUCUUUUUCAGGACUGUUCCAGUUUUUUACUAUACCUCAAUCUUCGGCUGCCCAAUACCAACUUUUACUUUGACCACUUCCUCGACUAUUUCAACCACUACUCCUUCUGGUGGUCACCUCUGAAAUUUGUGAUCUAUCAAUUCAUCUUUAUGGGGCAUACCACUUCACUUCUGAUGGCUGUAAAUCGAGUUACCAGUCUUUAUUUACCUCUGCAUUACGAUCAUAUUUGGCAAAAACAUUCAUUAAUUAUUGGUGCUUCUUAUUUGGUAAUCCCAACAACAAUGACUUGGCAAUUAUUGUUCAAGCCCGCAGGAUUUAUUUUAAUGGGAAAUAGGACAAGCGGAUUGGUAACUUUAGAAUACGAUCAUAGCUAUACUUUUGGGGUAAGUUGGAAGUUAAAGGUCGCGCUUAAUCUUUGCAUAAUAUUGCCAUCGUUGAACAUUUUCAGCCUCACAUGUCAACAGCCCUUGUCUGGUACACAAUGCUGAUAGCUCUUUUAACUUUGACUUUUAACCUGAUGUGUGCUAUAAAGAUGAUAAUGUACAGAUUCAAACACAAAGCGUUGACCAAAAAUAAUUCGAGGAUGGUGCUCUGUGCAAUGAUCGUAUUUCUAAACGAGGUGAUGGUCAUGUUUUCACAGGUGAGGAAUUAACAAUGAAGCAUCUUGAGUGUGUUGCCUUUAGGUGAUAGUCCUACAACAAUUCCUGGACAAGACUUUUACCAUGAGAGUUGUCAUCCCAUUCAUCUUCGACAUUCAUUGUUUGAUGCCUGGUGUAAUUGUGCUCUGCACUGUCCCUCAACUUCGAGAAGUUACCGUUGGCGCGUUCCUUCGCGAAGAUCUCACCGAAAAAAGUAUUUCAGUUACUCCGGCCGUCGUUAUUGCAAAGUAA